AUGACUGAUCAAGCAGUUAAUUGUGAAGCUAGUACUUCCUAUGCAGUUAAUGCUGAAGUCAGUGCCCCUAAUGUCUCACACAUGGUUAAUGCUGAAGCUAAUACACUUUGCAAUAAUGUGGUUGAUAAUAAAGCUAGUACCUCUUAUGAGAAUGCAAUUAAUGAGGGGGCUAAUGAUACAGAAACAUCUUCAAGCGAGGGGGCUAAUGAUACAGGUACUGUAUUAGUAAAGUGA